GAUAUUUCCUCUAGUUAACUUUUGCUUCGAAACGACUUCAGUCUGUAUCGAAUUGACUUUAGUUUGUGUCGAAUCGACCGUAAAUCAUUAACUGUAUCUUUCAUAAGUUUCUGAUUUUACUAGGCCGUCUAUCGAGGUCACACAGUUUGCGAGUGCGAGGUUUCAAAACAACUAUUUUUGGAAAGAUAACAGUUUCAUUAGACGUGAGAAUUGUGAACGUUUUCGUUCAUGUUUUUACUGCGAUUUGAGUGUGUUUUAACAACACUCACGCUAUCGGGCAUUGUGUAAUUUUCUUCGCUCUUUAGUUUUGGAUUUUAGAAUUAAAUGACGUCACGUGAAAAUAGUCAAUAAUGUAACGUCUGCGUUAUGCUCGCGAAGAAGAUAAACAUUUAAUGUUGCACAAGCUUCGCGAGGUCAUGCGUAUGUGAGAUUUAAGCACCCACACGGAAGUGGAGAGGGGAUGGGGGCGUUGUUUGUUUAACUGGAUUAGAGAAAGUACUGUUUCGAAUAAAAACAAGAGCGUGGUUUGAUUAGUCAUGAUCCGUUAGAGUGUCGUGAUGCUGGUACGUUGUGAUGUCUCGAGAUGGCACGACGUCAGUCACGCAACGUCUAUAUACGGAUGAGAGAGUUUUAAAGACAAAUAGCUUUUGUUGACAGAGCAUCUCAUUGGACAACGCAAUUACACAGUUCUCAAACACGAGGUCUCAUUCGAAGAAUGUAAACUGAAAGCCCCCUUGACUUUUAGCGCAGGAUACGGAAUACUUCAGAGGUUUGUCUCGACCAGUCAAUCAUACAUGAAACAGUAGUAGCACGUUGAAAAGAAAUACAAAUCGCUCCGCUUCAGUGGUUUAUUCAGCCGCAUAUCGUUUAGCAUACAGUCAAACUACAUACCGAAGAGCGGGGCACAUAUUUUGAUAGGUCGGACCUUGUGUAAUCAAAUGGAUUUGUAACCGAGAGCACGAAUUUUGUUUUUGACCGUUCUUUUAACGUCGUGAAGCGGCCAACUCCAGCAAUCGUCGUAAUGAAAGCAAAAUACGUAAACUUUCGCAUCUUGGCAAUCGUCCUCUGCAAGUACGCUUGGUCAUCUGCGACGCCGAGUUUACAUGCAAUCACGGAUUUGUACGAGAUUGAUGGCGACGGAAAUACCUUUGAACAUCGCGUUGACAACGAAGGGAAACAGUGGAAGAGACAGGUGAACUUGCAAAGGCUUGAAGUAUUAUCAAAUGACGUGGUUCUUGGUCUUCCAUUUGAUAGCUGUCUUGAGGACAAAUUAACAAACAUUGAUGACAAACCUGACGAACAAAAGUCGAAGUUUGAAGAAAUACAUCAGCACGCUGGAUUCCAUCAUGUUCACCGCACCAGUAUGGCUGUGAGGCCUCAUUGUGUGUUUGACGUGGUGGUGCCCUUUUACAACUCCUCUCAGGAGGCGCGGAUGCCUGGCGAGUUUUGCACUCCUGAACACGUGACAGGCGGAGCAGCCGUUGGGGAUUAUGAUGGAGAUGGAAUGGAGGACAUUUAUUUUACCGUGUUUGACGAAAGGAGUGUCCUGUACAGAAACAACGGUGAUGGAACUUUCACUGACGUCACCAUAGAGACAGACAUUGGACCCAGCUCUCACGCUAAUGGUGCUGUCUGGGCUGACUUUGACCAGGACGGGGAUCUGGACCUUUAUGUGACAACACUCGGCGAUAGAAGGCAUUACCUAUACAUCAAUCAUGAAGGCCACUUUAAAGACGAAGCUAUGCAGAGAAACUGUUCAAUGCAGACGAGCAGCAAACGAAAGCUUUCUGGAAUGACACCAAAUGUUGGUGAUUUUGAUCUAGAUGGGUUUGUCGACAUUUACGUGACAGAAUGGCUUCCGCAUACUUUGGGAAAGCCGUCAACUUCCAGGCUUCUUAGGAACAGAGGAUACGAAGCACGUGGGUAUUUUGAAGAUGUUACCUUGGAAGCAGGAGUAGAUAUGGACAAUUUCUACAAAAGGUCUUUACUCAACAGAGGAACCUACACGUUUGGUUCCUCAUUUACAGACUUUGACAAUGACGGCUGGCAAGAACUGCUGGUGACUGCAGACUAUGGAGACAGUAAAAUGUUUUGGAAUAUGAAGAACAACUUCACGGAAUGUACUAAGUUUUGUGGCCUUGAAGCAAAGCAGGACGCUAUGGGCCAUGCGAUAGGGGACUGGGACAAUGAUGGUUAUCUUGACUGGUUUUCUAGCGCCAUAUGGCACAACAGAACUGAUUGUUCCGUGUUCGGUUGCAAGUUUGAGAGCAGUGGAAACGUGCUAUUCCGUAAUUUGGGAGGACGACAGUUUGAAGAAAUCGCAAAGCAGGUCGGUGUGACAAACGGUGGGUGGGGUUGGGGUGCUGCGUUCGUGGACUUUGAUAACAAUGGAUUAUUGGAUAUCAUUAUGACCAGCGGUAUCGACUUCCCGACGACAACAACAGAUGAUCAUUUUCGAGUGAAUAGCAUGCAUUUGUGGCAAAACCUCGGAGCUGGUCGUAAUGAAACAACACGAGAGGUGUCCGCUUUGUAUGGCCUGAAUGGCACGGGACAAGGACGGGGCCUGCUUAAGUGGGACUAUGACGAUGAUGGCGACGAAGACAUCAUAGUGUGUAAUAAUGUGGGAGCUCCAUUUUUCUAUCAAAAUCAGCAAAAUGAGUCCAACAAGUGGAUACGAAUACGUGUCGUACAUCGGUAUUUUGAAGAUGUUACCUUGGAAGCAGGAGUAGAUAUGGACAAUUUCUACAAAAGGUCUUUACUCAACAGAGGAACCUACACGUUUGGUUCCUCAUUUACAGACUUUGACAAUGACGGCUGGCAAGAACUGCUGGUGACUGCAGACUAUGGAGACAGUAAAAUGUUUUGGAAUAUGAAGAACAACUUCACGGAAUGUACUAAGUUUUGUGGCCUUGAAGCAAAGCAGGACGCUAUGGGCCAUGCGAUAGGGGACUGGGACAAUGAUGGUUAUCUUGACUGGUUUUCUAGCGCCAUAUGGCACAACAGAACUGAUUGUUCCGUGUUCGGUUGCAAGUUUGAGAGCAGUGGAAACGUGCUAUUCCGUAAUUUGGGAGGACGACAGUUUGAAGAAAUCGCAAAGCAGGUCGGUGUGACAAACGGUGGGUGGGGUUGGGGUGCUGCGUUCGUGGACUUUGAUAACAAUGGAUUAUUGGAUAUCAUUAUGACCAGCGGUAUCGACUUCCCGACGACAACAACAGAUGAUCAUUUUCGAGUGAAUAGCAUGCAUUUGUGGCAAAACCUCGGAGCUGGUCGUAAUGAAACAACACGAGAGGUGUCCGCUUUGUAUGGCCUGAAUGGCACGGGACAAGGACGGGGCCUGCUUAAGUGGGACUAUGACGAUGAUGGCGACGAAGACAUCAUAGUGUGUAAUAAUGUGGGAGCUCCAUUUUUCUAUCAAAAUCAGCAAAAUGAGUCCAACAAGUGGAUACGAAUACGUGUCGUACAUCGAACUGGAUCAAACUUCCUNAAUGUUACCGUUAAAGUCGCGUGGCCAUCUAGUUUCAUGGACGUGACAUACACGAAUGUGAUUCCUAAUACAAGAAUUCGAAUCAUAAAGCCAGAAAGGUAUGCUGACUCGGGGAAGACGUUGCCAUAUUCUUCUCUUGGCAAGUGCUUUACUUUGAAAGUAACGGAGAUCAAUAAACAGCCACCUCAUGCAACAGUAAUUGUCAAUCCAGAUGGGAAAACGGUGAACUUCAAAUUAAAACCCGGAACAAAUCCAAUGGAGCUUAGUACUGAGGUCUUCGACUACUCAGUGACUGUGACUCCCAGUCCGGGUCAACAACCGCUGACCGCCAAUAGUUCGGGUUUCCUGGUAUUUUCUUAUCAACGCAACUACAGCUAUAACGCAGACUGCAAGGAUGGUAGAAAAAUAGGACCGAUACCGACUGUAACAGAUGAAAGACGUCUAGAUGGUACAUCUUACAAUAAACAUCACGUGCGGUGGGGUGCUGCAAUGGAGGACGUGGCACGCGAUGUACCGGCCAUGUACCCUGACGGUAUCGCACUGCCCUCUGGGACAUGCACCCCACAAGAGAAACAAACAAAAAAAUGCAGAUAUACUGAUGAAGUGAACGGAUUUGGUUCUCACAGGCCACCACCGAGAAAAGUCAGCAACAGUCUCUUUCAACAGACUGAAUCCAAGAUUAGUGCCCGUCGACUAAGCGAUUUACAUUCACACUUCGGACAGUUUUUGGCGCAUGACACAGAUUUCUCUAGCCCGCUGCCCCGAUACGAGUUUCAAGGAGUUGUGAGUGACGUGUGGCUACCCAUUAAAGUACCAAAGGGAGAUGUCCACUUUGAUCCUCUGAACAAAGGCAAUAUCUAUCUUCCUUUUGUGCGUUCCACCUACAACAGGUGCACUGGCCGCCAUACAGACACUCCGAGACAACAGGUUAAUAAACUUACUUCAUAUAUUGAUGGCUCUGUCGUGUAUGGCGAAUCAGAAAUGAGGAAUGGGGCGUUACGAGAAUUCAAAGAUGGGAAGAUGAAGCUUGGUCCUGAUGGUCUCAUACCGAAAAACACGAUGGCCAUAGCAAAUGAUAAUCCGUUGGGCCGUGAUGCAGACAGUCUAUUGGCCGCUGGCGAUUCAAGAGCUAAUGUUCAACCGAUGUUGAUCGCAUUUCACACUCUGUUUGUGCGGGAACAUAACAGGCUCUGUGACGAGUUCAAAAACAAAGAUCCACUGGCUACAGACGAACAGCUAUUCCAGGCCGCGCGUCGCCUGGUGGCGGCUGAGCUCCAGGCUAUUACGUUCCGUGAAUACCUGCCAGCAUUGUUGGGAGGAACCGAUCACAUACCACCUUAUCAGGGGUACAAUGAGAGCGUCAACGUUGGCAUGAGCAACAUCAUGGCCACUGCAGCUUUCAGAUUCGGUCACAGUCAAGUCAACACUCACUUGUGGCGGUUUGAAGAGAAUGGUACCAUGUCUCAUUACGGUCACCUCCCUCUUAGAGACGCUUACUUCUCACCUGAAAGAGUAUCGAGGGAAGGGGGAGUAGAUCCCCUCUUUAGAGGAGCUGCGAGACAAGCCGCACAGGAGAUCGAUUUACAGGUAUUGCUUCCUUCACGAGUUAGCCUGUGUGUGCAGCCCUUAGCUAAUGGGCCACGUUCGAUNUUCAUGAUCACUUAA